UGCGAAGGAGCCUUGACCCUCGACUAGGUUGGGCUUGGCAUCACCGAAGGGCCUGCAAGCAAAAUGGCUUCGAAAUCACAAAUUGGACUGCUGCAGAGGGGAAGAGGAACAACUCUCGACGAUGUUGCUCUUGAGAGUGCCAAAGUUUGCAUCGUUACUGGUGCAAAUAGUGGAAUCGGUUUUGAAACUGCUUUGAAAAUGGCAGCACUUGAUUACGAAGUUGUUCUCGCCUGUAGAGACGCCCACAGAGGCAAUGCAGCCGUUGCAAGAAUCAGGCAGCAAAUACCAGAAUGCGACGUUUCUUUCAUGCAGCUUGAUUUAGGAUCACUGAAAUCUGUCAGGACAUUUGUUGAUAAUUUUCAUAAAACAGGAAAGAAGCUUAACGUACUAAUAAACAACGCAGCCACAAUUUGCAAUAUAAGAGAUGAGUCACCAACUUUCACUGGAGAUGGCUUUGAGCUGACAUUUGGAGUGAACCAUUUGGGACAUUUCUUGCUCACCCUGCUACUGCUGGAUGAUCUGAAGAAAAGUGGUCCUGAUUCCAGAGUUAUUGUUGUUUCUUCAGAACUGCAUAACCCAAGCUCAAAAGGUCACAGAGGGAGUAAAUUUCCAACUAUGGACUUUGAAAAUAUACAGCUUCUUGCUCCAGGAACUUUUGAUGCUAUGCUGGCAUAUAAGAAUUCAAAACUUGCAAAUGUCCUGUUUAGCUAUGAGUUGGACAGAAACGUUCAUGGGUCAGGGCUUACCUGCAACUGUGUUUCCCCAGGCUUUGUACCUCAAACACGACUCAAUCGUAAGAACCAAAUCAUUAGAUGCCUGGUGAUUGCAUGUUUUAGAGGUAUUUUACGGUGCUUUCCUAUCUCCCGUUCUGCAUCAAAAGCUGCAGAUUCUAUUGUAUAUGUUGCAACCGAUGAUAGUCUUCAAGGAGUAGGUGGAAAAUAUUUCAUUGAUUGCAGUGCUGUUGAUAGCUCCCAGGAAUCAAUGAACAGAGAGGUAGCCGAGAAGCUGUGGAAAUUGUCAGCAGACUUUGUUCAAUAUGAUUCCCAAAAGGCUGCAGAAAGCUCCACCUGAGCCUGCCCAGAAACAUCAUUUUUUGCCAUUUAAUGCUGUGCCUGAGGUAAUUUUAAAAUUUGUUGAACUCUCUGGAAAUGAUUUGUUUUCAAAACAUACAUCCAGUAGGUGAAUAACUUUUAGCUGUAAUAGAUGUUAAGUAUAUAUAUAGUCAUUUAGGUUUUUGGCACAAAUUUUUGAUAUUGUUUUUUGAUUUUGUUGCAUGAAUUUUAUGAAUAAAGUUGUUCUUUAUUUUUGCUUUGUGAAAGGUGGUAGGUAGUUAAAACCGUAAUAUUUUUUAAAUAAUAUUUUAAUGAAAAAGGCUGAAUGUUUAACAUUUAUGUUUGUAGUUAUUUUCAAAUUCUUAGUGCACAAGAAACUAGAAGAUCAGCAAUUAUGUGUAGUUGUAAUGCUAGUUAGAACUAAAGUAUUUUUUGAAUGAAAAUGUACAGUUGUAGGUUGUAGUAUGUAUUCCAAGUCAAAUGAGUUCUAUGAUUAGAAUAUAGACAAAUACAAACAUUUGCCAUCUUGGCACCUUAAAGGCUAUGUUAACAUUGCAUGUUUUUAUGUGUACAACUGAAUUUAUGCUGCUGAAAGUCAGAUUUGAUUACUAAUAGAGCUACCUUAAAUGUAUUAGAAUUCUGUAUUAUAUCCUGCUUGUGAUAGUAAAAUUGAAAUAGGUAAUUAUAAUUGCAUAAAAAGACUAAGUGGUAUCACCUUCCAACAAUCAUUUAUAUUGAAUAUUUUUGUAAUUUAGUUUUAUCAUUUAUCACAUUUCCAUAUUGACUUGAUUUUUUAGAAGUAAUAAAUUAUGCAAAAUAGUUUGUUAAUUACCUUUGAUUAGAGUUGAAACUAUAUUGAUUAAUUUGAGCGUUCUCUGAA